CACAACGUCAGUCACACAGUUUCGCUGAAGCUGUUAACUUCAGGAACUCAUUUUCUCUGUCGAUCCUUCAUCCUGACGAUUUUAGAUAAGACUUUUGUUCUCGACAUAUUUUACUGAGGAGUUGACACAUUGACUAAUAGCAGUUUUGGAUUUUAAUUUCGCCAUUAUUUCUGCUGGAUAUAUUUUUUAAUCUCCCGAUAACACAAUGUCCCACGCUGCCACGUUGGAUUUAGACAGAUACAGCACCUUGGAAAAAUCUCGUCGGUCCACCAGUCGUAGCCAGCCCAGGACCCAGGCCAAGCAAGGAGAAGUCUUGUGUGACUUCUGUACAACGAAGCAGAAAGCUGAGAAGUCCUGCUUGGUAUGCCUGGCAUCGUACUGUGACGCUCACCUCCAGUCUCACUAUGAGUACCCUGCCCUGAUGAAGCACAAACUGGUCAAGGCGACGGGCCAGAUGAGGGAGAAGCUCUGUGCACAGCACGACAAGCUGCUGGAGGCUUUCUGUCGCACCGAUGACACACCCGUGUGUGUUUUGUGCAUGAUGGACGAACACAAGCACCAUGACAUCGUCCCAGCUGGAACGGAAAGGACAGAGAAACAAAAACAACUUGGUGCUACUCUACACAAAUCCCAAUACAGGAUUGACCAAAGAAUUAAAAAGUGGCAAGAUCUCCGACAAGCUGUUGAAGCAGUUAAACACUCUUCUCAGACGGUCCUAGAGGAGAACGAGCGGCUCUUCACUGAGCUUCUGCGCUCCAUAGAGAGGAAGUACACUGAAGUCAAGGAGAUGGUUCUCUCCCAUGAAAAGAUGACCGUGACCCGGGCCGAGAUACUCUUAGACCGCCUGGAGGAAGAGAUCACGCUCCUGAGGAAGAGACACACUGACCUGGAGAAGCUCUCACGCACCGAUGAUCACAUACACUUCCUACAGAGCUGGCAGUCUCUGUCAGGGCCCUCGGGAUAUGAAGACCUCAACAACAUCAGCGUCGCUCCCUAUCACUCCUUCGAUUCCACCAAGAGGGCCAUUGCUGCACUGAAAUUACAAGUAGAAGAAAUCAGCAAGAUAGAAAUGAGCAAAAUCUCAGGAGCAGUGAAGGAAGUGUACAUCACACAAGAAGAGACAAAGGCAAAGAGAGAAUCGAUUUUGAGGGAAGAGCCGAGGGUGAGAGAAGAGCCGAGGAUGCGAGAAGAGCCGAGAACAAGAGAGGAUUUCUUGAAAUAUGCAGCCCAGUUGAUUUUGGAUGUCAAUACUGUCCACCCCAACCUUCAUCUCUCUGAGGGUAACAGAACAGCCACAAUGAAGAACGACCCUAAGAACUACCCUGAACACCCAGACCGGUUUGACCACUGGCAACAGAUACUGUGCAGGGACAGUGUGGUUGGGAGUCGCUGUUACUGGGAGGUGGAAUGGAAAGGAACAGAGGUAGAUGUGGGUGUUACCUACAGGGGAAUCCGGCGUAAAGGAAACAGCAACGAGUGCAGCCUGGGCUGGAAUGACAAGUCCUGGAGUUUGUACUGCUCUGACUCGAAAUUCUCCUUCGUGCACAAUAACAAAAGCAAAGACAUCCCAGCUCCGCCGUCACCUCGCAUUGGCGUCUACUUGGAUCAUGCAGCAGGAACACUUGCAUUUUACAGUGUCUCUGAGGGUAUGCGUCUCCUGCACAGAGUCCAAACUACUUUUACAGAGCCCCUCUACCCCGCAUUCAGCGUGUGGGGCUUUGGUACGAAUAUAAAACUGUAGCAGAGAUGCCACAGUGCUAGUGAUUUGCUUCAUUGGAAAACAAUGCGAUCAAUGCUCGUUUCUUUUUUAUUUUCCUACAUCGUGUCCUUUUUCUUAAUAAAUGAAAAGUUGUAUGAUUCUUUUGAUUACUGAUUAAACUUUUGGGGUAAAUUAAUCUACAGUAAUAUAAGUCCUUUGUAAGUAAUUAUUAGCUUUUUUUUUAAAUUACGAUGUCAAAGCAUGCGAUAUUUACAUUAACACAAAGUUAUGUGUAAAAUAAAAGUUUCAAAAACA